GAAUCACAUAUGAAACACUUGUGUGGAUUUAAAAAAAAACCUCUUUGACCUCGAUUGAGCUUAGAUCUGAAUUUUCGUUUCGCCCUGUCGAUCGACCAUUUUUGCGUUAUUUCAAAGUUUCUUUCUUUGUACUUGGAGUAUUGGAUUCUGUUAGUUUCCAGCACUGACGCGUUAUAAGACCGUGUCAUCUUAAACCAAUCACAAAGCGCGGUACCGCCGUUGGAAAGACUAGCUCGCUUGAGUUCUGAAUCAUUUCGUGUAGCAACCAGACGAACUAAAAUGACCGCCAGUGUGCAAGCAAACGUGAGUAAAUUUGGGUAUUUUUGUUUUGUUUUUUGCGUAUUUAAGAUUUCCGGGGUGUAAAGAAUUAAGCCUAAGCGCCUAAAAAGGUGCCCUCAAAAUGGUCCAGCGUUGUCUGGUUAGCGCCGUCUUUAACAUAACGCCGCCUAAUCAUCGAUGUUACUAAACCAUCUUUUUUGGAUUAGACAGAUUAGAAUAGGAAAUAAUCACUUGUAGUUGAGAAAUAUGGGUUCUCCUGUUUGAAAAUGUGUCCCACUGUCUGUUUAUUUAAUAAGCAAACGAUAUCAUUUUGAAGAUUGUAUGCAUUAGCCUUUUUUUUCCCUUGAUGUACGCUUGAUCCUGUGUGCAUGUGACGUGUUGCGCAAUUUUAACAGUAGUUUCAAAAAUGUGUAGAUCUGAUUGUUAAACGGUUUUGCGGUCAAAUCUAAAAAUCUGCCUGUUUUCUCUCUUCCUCUAGAUCCCGGACGGGCAGGAAAUCUUUAACCGUGUAUUCAUAGGAGGUUUGUCAAGAGAGGUACGUUUACACCCUUCUUUUCUCGCUGAAGUUAUCCUGUUUCUGUUCAUUGAACGAAUCUUUUUCCGAGGGUUCAUCGUUCGCGUUGCGCUUUAAUCUUCCUGAUAUAGUACGGAAGGCUUAAAUUUGUGUCUUGACGAUCACGGAUGUUGCAAACGUGCGGUUCCAGGAAAAUUUUUGUCGCGAAAAGUGUAGAAGCGACCACCGAAGAUGCACAUUCCAGAGCGGUCGUUAUUCGUUUGAAUUUAUGAGCGACUAUGACUCCUUUGUAGUAGUCUCAGGAGAUGAACAAUUUCAAGCAUUUCUGCUUCUUUCUGUUUUUGGUUUCUAUUAUUUUCAUUUUAUUUUACUUUAGUAUCAGUAGCUUUUACCGCCAAUCUGCCAGAUACAAAUGCUGAAAGGAUAAACAGCGAUGUUUUUCAGCAUGUUUCAACCCCAUUUUAUCAAAAUCGCAUAGUCAGCCAAAAGUGCUUUUGAAGAUGUGAUUCUCGCUGAAAGGAAAGUUUGAAUCUGUUUGUUUUAUCUAGUAGAUGUUUUGCAUUGUGGAGGAGGAAAAGUGGUUUCACAGCUUUUUCAUUUCCAUUGAUGUAGUUAUUUUGCUAAAAACGCGCGCUUUUCAGAUGAAUCUGGUUGCUUCGAGUAACGAACACUUCGUACAUUUAUUUGUGUCACACUAAUUUUAUUUCAUUUGUUGCUUUUUUCCCCUCUUUUCCAGACGAGUGAGCUAGAAUUGGAAACGUUUUUCUCAUCAUUUGGGGAAGUUGUAGACGUAAGAAUAGUCUGUGACCGAAAAACGGGUUUAAAUAAGGGGUAAGUUUAAAGUCAAUCUAAUCUUUUUGGUUCUCGUAUAAGCUUACUUAGAAACCUUGACUUAUUUAGUAAAAAGUGUGUUUCCAUGUUUUUAUUCCCUUAUUCUUUUAUUGCUAUGAUUUUUUUUUUAAAUCCACCUUGCUUGCAAGUUACAUGUAGAGCCAAUAUGGAUGGUUUUGUAUGAAAUGGAACUUUGAUGCGAUCGAUCGAUCCCUUGCCUUUAAAGCAAGGUUUUUGAACAGAAAAACAUCUCCUACCGAAAACAUUUUUGAUAAGAAAUGUUCUUUGAAUUGAGUUCUGAUAGUCUUAAAGCCGUCUUUAGAUGUAUCGGCUGAAUAAUUUUGAAGUUGUAAAUUUCGUCUAUUAUGAUAUGGUAUCGCUCGGUCGGGAGAAAGGUGAAUUGAGCUUCUUGUAAAUGUAUUAGCUCUCACUAAGUUUAGAAAUCACCGUUUUUACAGUUAAUUUAAAUUUCUAAGUCACAGCCUUCUGCUAGAAUUUUUUUGGCACUUUCAUGAACGUCUGGCGAGGAAAACAAAACGCAACGAAACGAUUACGGCUUUGAAAAUAGAAGAGUGCAGCACGUUAACGUCUGGUUCCUAUGUUGAAGUUUUCAAUGUCUGUACACUCUUGAUUAGCGCAAACGUUUGUAGAGCCACAUUACAUUGCAUGAUCGAAUGUUUGCGAGAGUAGGUUCAAACUUAAUUAAAUUACCAGUGGUUAGAACGAGGAGUAAACAAACAGUGAAGCUUGCAUUAAUCUAAAACGCCCACAGAACGUGCCACAUGGGAAAUGUAUUUCCGUAUCCUUGAACGUAGUAGCAAAGUUUUAAGUUCCAGGAUAAAGGCAAACGUGAGCCUUGAAGUCGUAAAUGAGUGUUAUCAAGCUUAGCACAAAGUGAUAAUUGGCCUUGUUAGUUUGAUUAUUCCUCACGAUGUAUUUUGCCCUCAAGUACAUGGCAGCUGUUGGGUGGUAUAAUACCUUAUCAUACAAUCCAAGAUGACAAGGUUCGGAUCCACCCUAAUCUCAGAUCCUUUCUCUGAUUUUGUGAUGUGUUGUUAGGGUGGUUCCCUAUUCUUAGACCAUAAUAAUAUUUUAUAAUACCUUCCAUGGAGCUAAUUCUCCCCUUCCCCACACCCCAGGGGGAUUUGCCAAACUACAGCAGAAGUAGUUAUAAAAGGUCCUUUCUUGAGUCUUUUUGGCCAAUGUUUUUCCUCAAAUUUAUUCUUGUUAGUAUAAUUUUCUAAAUGCACAAAUUUUUUACGUUUGUUAUGGCCUAACUACAGUAAUUUUAAAGUUGGAAAAUUUUAAGUUUGUUAGUCUGUAACCACUGUGGGGGAGGAGGAGGGGAGGAGAGGGGCAUACACAGUCACCAUUUGUCGUGACAAAAAAAACAUAUUGGCCAUCUAUUCUAUGUUUAUGUGUUCCCUUACUAGUAUCAGAUGUACAGUUCAUCUAGAUCACAUAUCAUAUCACUUCAAAAACCAAACGUUGUACCUCCUAAAAGGCAGGGAGGCAGCUACUCAAGACUCAACAAAUGCAAAGCUGUCAGCAUUUUCAUGAAACGACUUGCUUUUGAAUGGGGGCUUUGCUUUAAUGUUUGCCUUAAGGGCACACUUCUCAGUGUGUCAAGCAAUAAAAUGAAUUUACAUGCAUGGCAACAGAUGAUUAUUUUAUAACAGUUGAAACAUUUUUACUUAGUUUAACAGUUUAUUGUCAAUAACUGAUCCCGUCAGUUCACAGUUAGGCCUUGUCUGAUUAUUGAGUAUUUCUCUUUUGCAGCUAUGGGUUUGUCACUUUUGCGACAACCAUCGCACGUAAUGAACUUUUAAAAAAGGUAUAAGUUUUGUUCUUUAAAUAUUCCUCUCUGUUUAUUCUAAAUUGGGUGGAUUACGACUACACUAUGUUUUUAUUAGUUUUUUGUUUUUGUUUUAAACACAAAACAGCGUAAAGACCCAGGGGGACAUUCAACCAAGUAUUAAUUCAGGGAUGCGCUGCCUCAGAGUUUAACCCCUUAAUGACCUUUUGAGUGGAAAAAUAGUGAAUUUCUGUAAAUUGGUCCCUAAGGCUGAAAAUGUCACUGGGAAACAAUUUUUCGGUUCUGUUAUUGUAACACCACAGUAACAACCCAGUACCAGAAAGGAUCGUUACUGUGAAAUCCUAGGGCUUGCCUUUCACCUACCUAGUUAACAACUUUUGUGUCUCUUUUCACUGCUUGAAAGUCACUGUCUUGCAGUGUUCUCCCUAAAUUUUAGCACAGCAGGUUAGGGACAAUUCAUGGCCAGUAUGGCAAAAAUGUGUGUAAGAGGCACACUUUCCUGGGGGUAGGGGGGAGGGGUAGUGGUGUGAGGAACAUGGCCCUCCUCUUGCUGGGUUUUUUUUGCAGUACCGGUUUGGGAGGCUUAUACAUGGAGGGGCUUAUUUUCCGAAUUUUACGGUAUUUAAUUUUAGUAAACCUUCAGGUGGUUGCAGUUGGUAAAAAGUGUUGCUUCAGGUGGUAAAUUUUACUGGUUACCGCCUCAGAAGGAGAACACUGGUCUUGUAAAUGUGAAUAAAUCACCAAAUUAUGCAGUCUUCUCGGCUUUGGCCAUAAAAUGCAUCUGUUUAGCCCUUCUGGUUCCUUUUAGACCAAAAUCACAGAUUUCCCUACCCUUGCUUCUACAAAUGAACGUGAACCCUAAAUAAGGGACCCUGUAUAGGUCACUAGGAAGUAAACCCCACCCCAGCUGGGGUUUGCUCACUGUGUUAAAUGCAAGUUGGAACAAAAUGCAAAUCAUGGUCUAAGUAACUAAUUUGUAGUUGUUUUUAUUAGUUUGUGCAACAUAAUACUAAUAUUACCACUUUUUCUAAAUUUAGGGAACAGUUGAUUAUAAAAAUGGAAGAAAACUAAGGCUGCGUAAAGCCGUAAAAAAGGAGGUAUUCAUUUAAGCAAUAAAUAAUUAUUAUUAUACUUUAUUUCUCUUAUCAUCCUAAUGUUGUCUCAGAGAUUACAGAUUUUACUGGGGGCAAGGUAGACUAGAAGGCAAGGUGAACGGAAAAUAAAUUUUCUUUACCCUUUGGACCAGGAGUCAGUUUGAAAAUAUGAUAAAACCAAAUAACUUCAACCUUUCAAGCAAAAAAGUAGGGUGUUUCCCUGUUGUUCUGACAACCACAGGGUUGUCAGAAAGUUUUGAAGUAGAUGGCUGUGUUGUCAAAGUAAGCGGCCGGUCCAGGGAUAUUUUAUUUAAAAAACGUCAUCCGUAAAGAAAUGCCAAGCAGAGUAGCCAGCCGAUACUAAUCAAGUAGGUGGUGAUUUUGACCAGCAGCCGGAUACUUUUGACAACCCUGAACCAAAAUCUCAUUCAUUUGUAUGUGUGUAUGUGUGUCAAGAUGGUUGGAUUCUUGGAGUCUUUUUUUUCUGCCUUUUUAUAUGGACUGAGGGAAUUUAAGGUCCAAGAACAAAAAAGAAUGAAACCAAUGGCUCGCCAUCUUGACCAAAAAGGAUCUUUUUACCCUUUUUUUUUUUUUGUUAAAGUAAACAUAGCAGGGAUUCCUGAGCAUUAAUGAACCCAACAUUUACUUAAUUUUUUUAUCUGGGGAAGCCACAACUAGUUGCAAAAAUGUUGAGACACUCCAAUGAAAAACCGGCCUUUCGUUACUUCAAAUCGCUGCUAGUUGCACGUCUGUGAUAUACAAUACUGACCGGCCCUCCCCCCCUUCCCUUCCCUUUCAUUCUAAGUUAUUCCACCAAGUAUGGGCUUGUAUUGCUAGCAACUUUGAGGGGAGGAGGGGGGGGGGAUCACAAGCACAAGAUCAUGGACAGGCCAUUUAAGCAAAAAUGAGGGACAGUGUCUCAAGUAUUUUUGCAACUGAUUGCAGCUCUAUAGAAAAAAAGGCUUCAAUUGAUUAUUCAGCGCAACAGGACUCUAUGACUAUCUAAGUAUAUUUUGUAUUUUAUUUUAUUGUAAAAGAAUUAAUAAGCACACAUAUGAUUAAAGUUUUUAGAGGUUGGUACUAAACAAGCUGUUUGUGUUAACUUUAGUUAUCCAGCCAGUUUUUGGCAGGAGAAAGCUCAUCACAAAAUGGAGGUUAGUAUUUAUAGGUAAAAUUAAUUUGCUAAAAGUGUACAGUAUAGUUUUCAUUAUAAGACCUGCAGUUAAUCCGUGGCUCCACCUCUGGUUUCCCCUCGAAGCAUUAUUAAUGUCUGAGGAAAGAGUGCUGAAGCUCCUAUCGAUAAUGUUUACGUAUAAGAUCUGGGUAGCACCUCUGAUUGCAGGCAUGGAUCCACACCGGUUUCAACUAUUUUUCAAAAAUUGGUCAGAUUUUUCAUAAAUAAAUAUAUUUUUGAAGGAAAAAAAUUUUCAAGGUUAAACUCUGGUCAAUAUCCUGUCUGAAUUACUCAGAAACCCAGGAAAGGUGACUUAAGGGAGACAAAAUCCAAAUAUUUCUCGGGGGUGCAUGCCCCCUGACCACCCUAGAAGCUUAAUUGUGCCUUUGGUGCUUGUUUAGGAAAUUGGUCACGAUUUAUCCUAGAUCUGCACCUCGAUUAGUUGGGAAAAAUCUGUCCCUCAUAGAUGUACAACAAAUGAACUGGGUUUUGACCCUGAAAAGAUGUAUCAAGACUUUGACUCUCUUUUCAACUAUUGUUUUUUUAAAAACUAUUCAUGGAAUAGUGUGGAAUAAUUAUUCCCCUCACCCUGACUGUAUACGGGGAGCCUACGCCUGAAAGGGGUACCUAUUUUUGGGCUUCAGGUUAUACUAUACAGAAGGGUGGGGAUUUCACUAGUUAAAGUACACAACAGAGUCGGGAAAUCUGUCAUUUUGGUCUGUAUGUUUUAUGACCUGUAAGUUUUAGGGCUAUAGGUGGAUUUUAUGGCUGUGAAAAAACCAAGAGAAAUUUGUAGUUUUGUGAUUUAUUCAUACUUUAAAGAGAGUGCAUAGGGGUUAAAACGGAUGUGAAAUUGUAAACUAGGCAUGUGAAAGGAGUACCAUUCGUCAGUGAAAGGGAUACGAAAGGGGUACUGUUUCUGUAAAAAAAAAAAAGUGUAUAAAGGGGUAAGGGGUUGGAUCUCGGGGCGAAACGUCCCCAUGUAAUUAUAUUGGGUAUUGUAACUGUAGCUAACUCCUUUUUUUUUUUCUACAGCUGUUAUGGCCCAGCAGAUUGUGUUGGUUCCAGUAACAAAUGAAUUUUCAACCUACCAAACUCCUGUUUCCGUAAGUUUCAUAUUCUUUUUACCCUGAUUUAGAUCAGGGGUCAACAGGCCACUAUCACGAUGACAACAUUUGACUACAGUAGCCCUAAUUGGCACAAGAAAGCAACAAACUGAAGGAUUCUUGUGGUUGUAGUAAAAUUUCUUAAUCAUGCAAUUGUCCUAUUCAGUUAUUUUGUUAGAAAUAGUUAUGGUAAGUCCUGGGACUCAUCUUGUGAAAAAUCAUGAGUCUUGGGACUGUAACCAGGCAGUCACUUAAUCUGAAGAUAGACCCCAAAACUCUCUAUCACGGUUUACUGAAAUUAAAAUGUAGUCUUUCUAUUCAAACAACGAAAACGAGGGGACUAAAUUAAACAACAGCCACAGGAAUCGCACAAACAGGAUAGUCUACCAAGAAAUCAGUUGAUUUAUGGUUCUUUGGGUCCCACCAAAAUAAUUCAUGAAAUGUGUCCCGUGGGAUGCAAAGAACCAUUGAUCGAUUUGAAAAUUUUUUUGUAGAAUAUCGUGUUCGUGUGAAUUUGUGGCUGUUGUUUGAAGAAGCAUGCAUACAGUUGAACCUCUCCAUGUCAGCCACCUUAGCCUUGGGGACAGAAGAAAGUGGCCGCCGUGUAGAUAGGUUUAAACAAGAGUCAAUGUAUGGACUGUCGACUGUAUUAUUUUGUUUUAGUCUAUAUUUUAAUUUCACUAAACUGCAAUAAAGGGUUUUGUCAUCUGUCUCCAGAUUAACUGUCUGGUUACAUAAAGGCUCAAACACUUUCAAUUUAUGACCCCUUGUUGUUUUCAACAGGGACUCAUUGGUUAUGGAUAUGGUCUCAUGAUUUUUUAUAAGAUGAGUCCCAGGACUCACCAUAACUAUUUGUAACUAGUAAGUCACUGUAAAUCAUAUGCUGGGCACCCUUGAUUUUGCAGAUUCAGGGCACUGCAGGGCUCCCUUAACCCUUUAAGCCCCAAUAUCCACAUAUAAACUCUCCAUACUGAUCUUCACACAUUUCUUCAAAGAAUUAGUUGAGAGACUUUGAAAACAGAUCAAAGCAUUUUCUCUUUAGUGAUCAUUUUAUUCAUUCUCAUAACCAUUUCUCUUGGCAACAUAUGGAUAUUGUUAGGAGAAAAUCGAUGAUGGUCACUAUUGGGACUUACAGGGUUAAAUUUUCCUUUCCCCUUGGUAACAGUCCCAGAAGUCUCAGUGAAAGUCAGCUUGCCCUAGCUAGUUUCCAUUACAUUAAGUGAUCCCAGGUUAUUAUUAUGAUGGGCAACUGAAGAAUGUGCAAAAUCUGUCAGAUGAAAAUGUUGUCAUCUUUUUUUUGUUUUGGGUAGAUUCCGCCACCAACCUACUAUCAAGUGCCAACAGCACAAACUUGCCUACCUGCUGUCUGUGUUCAGGUCUGUUUUUUUUUAUACUCCUGCUUAUUAAAGUUUAUAAAUUAAUAACUCUGACUUUCCAGUCUUAUGGUAUCACCAAAUGAAAUCUUUUCUGCAGUACUUUCACAUGGUACUGUUUGUAUUAGAUAUAUAUAUAUAUAUAUAUAUAUAUAUAUAUAUAUAUGAAGUACAUCUAGGAUAUUAAAAUUUUUAUGUCUGUUGACAAAAUAGGUGAUGUGACCAUUGAAAUGAAACCUCCUUUAACUUUCCUCUUACCUUUUGACACACGCAUAAAAUGACCACGUUAUGGGGUUUUCUUCUCGCAUGUUCUUCACGCAUGUUCUGGUAGUCUGCUACACAGCCGUUUUCAGUGUCGUCACACAACGCUUCUAGUGGGGAGGAGCGUUGCGUGACGACACUAAAAACGGCUGUGUAGCAGACUAAUGUUCUGGUGGCACAAGAAUCAACUUGCUCCAUUUGUGGAUACAUUGCAGCUUACUCAAAGGGGGGAGGGAGGAGACACUUUUCAGGGUACCCUGGUAAUCACACUUGCUCCUUUAUACAGCCUCAAUUUACAGCCGCGCGCUUCCGUUCAGAAUUAAAGAUGGCGGCUUGCCACACAAAAGAAUUAGCUCCUUUUAUAAUGUGCCUGCACUAUGAGCCUACAGUUGAGCUAGGCACAGAGAAGAUGAGGGAUGCACAGAACGCGCCCUGAGGACUCCAUCUUGACUUCAUGCAGCUGUGGUCAAUACUAACCGUGUGGUUGUCUUCCCUUUGCAGACAACACAGCCCUCAUACACUACUUGUGUGCCUUCAUACAAUACUUGUGUCUAUUACUAUUAAUUUUUACUGAGGUAAGUUAACAAGUAUCUCGUUAAUCAUUGGAUUUUCGCGUUCGAAGAGUUACCUCAAAACUUCCUGGCCGUGACUCAUGGAAAGUAUCUCCGCCAGAGUUGGUUUUUUCCCAUUUCGUAGAGCGAAAAGGGACGUCAAUGACAAAAAUAAUCAAAACAACGUGCAACAUCCACGCACGUUCAAAGUGCAACACGCUUUUUAGGACAUUUCUUAGCUAUCACUACACGAUGGAGGACUUGAACAUUCGAUUUUUUCCUUCUUUCUAAACUUGGGUAUGGUCCUUAAGAAUUCAACUCCAGGAAAAUUCACCAGCAUUUGACUUUUCAAGCGGGCCGAAAUUAUCUUGAAAGAGUUUGAAAAAACGCGAAUUCGUUUUAAUGGUGGUGUUUUCGUUGCCAUCGCCAGCUGACGAUGUUGACUGUCUUCUUUCUUUUGCAGACUAAGCCCCCGCAAGAAGUCGUGCCGCAGCUUACUAAAUUUCGUUCACAAUGGAUGUUUCUGUAGCCUAUUUAGGCAGUGCUAUUUUCUUGAGAGGAACUUGCGUAUUUAUUUUUGCAAAUACUAAUUAAAAUCCCGUCAGGUUAUUUACUGUGUUAUCUUUAUUAAGCACGUCUUUCGAGGGCAUUGUACUCGAGGAAAAACUAGCUCGUUUAUAGAUCUUUAUAAACUUUCAGUUUUGACCUCAUACUUAGAAGCCUGUUUUAACGGUCUUUGACUUCGGCAACGUUGUCCUAAUAUUCUCAUGACAUAUUUGGAGAGAUGAGAGACUUUCGGGUCAAAGUGAGUCAAAGAGCGGCGACAUUUCCUUGGCCAUUAUUUUGUCCGCACCCGCGAAACAGGGUCUAGGGUAUCAAAGAAUGAAAUAGGGAGG